UUUAACACUUAUAGUUAGAUGAUAAAUGCAUCAUCAAAUGUCAGAAGGCGACGACAUUGUAGAUCCAUCAUCAACGGAUAAUUCUGCAUUUGUAAUCUAUCCACGGAAGGAAGUCCACUAUGAUUUUCAUGAUAUCACAGGUUAUCGAGAUAGUUUAUGGUUUAGUCUACCAAUGGAAUUAGAAGUCCUUCAAGAUUUAUCCGUAAUAGAGUAUUUACGUAAUUAUGUACAUUAUACAAGCAGAAAGUAUGAUUUAUACCGACGUAUAUAUAAUUACUGGUGUCAAGGUUCCAAAUUACCUAUCGACAAACUACAAAAUGCCUUCGAAGAUAUUAUACCUGUACAAAUACCAAAUGGAUCUUGUGAAUUAAUAUUUAAUUUAAUUGAUAUACAACCUGAAGAUUAUCAAACCAUUGACUUUGAAACAUUCUGUUGUAUAUGUGCUGUUGCAGAACGAAUUGUAUUCAUUAAACUUAUAAAAGAUGCCAAUAUACCAAUUCCGCCAAAGAAUAUUACAGAAAUGAUAGAAUUCCAGCGAUUACAGUGUUAUUAUACACAAAUUAAUCUGAAUGACAAGAUAAAACACUUUCUUGACUUUUUGUUAACAUGGACAACAACACCAAAAAGGGAAUAAUUACUUAUUAUCUCAUGCAUUCAGAUGACUGUUUGUCAUUCAAUUGAUUUAGUUCAAUAGACAUUUCAUGAGUUGUUU